AUGAAGGACAAGUUUACAAGCACUAUUCUUCAAAGCGAACAACUCGUUAAGUAUCUUUUAGAAACAAGUGCGUAUCCAAGAGAGCACGAACAACUCAAAGAACUCAGGAAUGCUACUGUCGACAAGUAUCAGUUUUGGAGCCUGAUGAAUGUGCCUGCCGAUGAAGGCCAAUUUCUUUCAAUGCUAUUGAAACUGAUGAAUGCAAAGAAAACUAUUGAAGUUGGAGUGUUUACUGGUUACUCACUUCUUUCAACUGCUCUUGCUCUUCCAGAUGAUGGAAAAAUUAUUGCGAUUGAUCCAGAUAGAGAAGCAUAUGAGACUGGGUUGCCAUUUAUUCAGAAGGCAAAUAUGACCCAUAAAAUCCAGUACAUUCAGUCUGAUGCCACCACAGUUAUGAACAAGUUCUUAGCCGAGGGAGAAGAAGGAACAUUCGACUUUGCAUUUGUCGAUGCAGAUAAGGAAAACUACAUAAGCUACCAUGAACAGCUACUAAAGCUAGUCAAAGUUGGUGGAAUUAUAGCUUAUGACAACACAUUAUGGGCUGGUACAGUAGCAUUAUCUGAGGAUGAAGAAAUGGUUGAUUACUUAAAGGGAUGCAGAGGUUAUAUAAUGAAACUCAACACAUUUUUAGCAGCUGAUUCUCGUAUUGAAUUGGCUCAGCUUUCAAUUGGAGAUGGCCUCACUCUUUGCAGGCGCCUUAAAUAG